AUGGAACAACAUCUGGACCUGAUAGUGGAUGUGGAGGUAGUUGACAAGGGUCAAACGAAAGGAAUAUCCACAAAUAUGGAAGUCUUUGUACUCAAGACCAUUUUAGAAAGUGGUCACAGAUCAACCAGCUUCCAUCAUUGCAUUGGUUCGCAAGAUGAAAGGUAUUGAAUGCUUAAAAUUUUAAGUAUAAACAUGGAUAAGUUUGUUUUCAGGGGUGGAGUGAUGUUGCUUUUAACGAAUGAGCUUUCGAGGCCUUACACAAUUAACAAUACAAACAUUAAGUUGUCAGCGGAAUUACUUUUAUGUGUGUGCUGUUUGCGUCAUUUCAUUUGUUCCUAUUGACAUGGUCUAUUCAUCAAUUAACUCAGUAAUUGUUACGAUUCCCAUGCAGGCAGUGGCGGUGGAACAGGGGGCUAGGGGGCUUUAGCCCCCCGGAAGUAAAAGUGGGGGCUUAGCCCCUUCCCCCCAAAAAGUUGUUUUUUCUGGAGAAAUUUUGGUAAUUAAGGAAAAAUUUAGGGUAUUUUGGAAAAUUUAGGUAUAAGGUGAAAAAUUUACAAUACUUUGUUUAAAAAAUGUAUGUCCAGAAAAUGUUUUUGUUAUAUGUCUAGAAAAAUGUUUUGUUAUAUGUCCGGAAAAAUUUUUUUCAGCCCCUUUUUUGUAUAUGUCUGGAAAAAUUUUUUGGUUUAUGUCCGAAAAAAAGUGGCCGAGGGGGAGGGAGGGAAGGAAGAAAAUUUUAAUCAUGAAAAAAAAUUUAACCCCCUCCCCUAAAUAAAAUAUGUUCCGCCGCCGCUGCAUGAAGGUUUUGUAGAAUUAUGUCUGCAUGUUGUGUGCACUCUAGUCUUAGGCCUGGUAUUGGCUGUUGCCGUAAAGAUUUGCAUGCAUCACAGUGAGAUGUUAAUGUUAGAAAAUAAUUUUUCUUUGCAGAGAAACAUCCAGAAGAGUUUGGCGAAAUUUUUUAUGCACUAGAUGUCUGGCAUAAGUCAAUUAAGCUGUUGAAGAAACUUGCCAAAGUAUGUUAUCAUAUUUCUUUUUCUAAUUGCUACCUUCUAACCUUCUUUAACUUUGCUUGGAACUGCCAUGAUUAUAAUGUAUAACAUAAUUGUAAUUACUUUGCACAAAUUUUAGGCCGCUAAACUGCUAAAGUAAAGCAUUGUGAUCAGUGAGUCAGUGGACAGAAGCUAUCCGGGAUCUCUUUUGGUUUGUGUGCCAAAAUUGCAAUGGUGAUGAAGAAAAACUAAAGGUAAUUGCUUUUAUUUGCAAAGAUAUCUUAUACAGUUUAUGUAGGCUAUUUUCGUUCCAUAUUUCAUUCUGCAUAAUGAAUACAAGCACCAGUAUUUAUUUUGGAUAUAUAUACUAUGAUUAUUUUUCAAUGGAGUCUUUCAUUUUUUUAGGACAGUUGGCUUGGGGUUUUGCACCACAUUGCUGGCGAGCAUGAUUGGGUAGAUGGGGAGUACGAGCAUGGGCCAUUAGUCGCAAAUGAAGUGGACAAGACGUAUCUGGAUAAAAACUCCAAUGCCAUUGAGAGUCUCCGAAAGGUGAUACUCGACCAGAAAUUUCUAAAAGGUUUACCCAAAUACGUCACAUUCAUUUGUGCAUUAGAAACUUACAUUUUCCUCAUAAUUAGAACUAAUUAUGAGGAAAAUGUAAGUUUCUAAUGCACAAAGCACUGACAAAAUGGAGUCUUAUGAGUGUAUAUUGAUUCAAUAACUAUCUAGUAAUCUCCAUAUACCAUAGGCACAUAAGCAAAUUGGAGAAUUUCAACUCCAUGCUAUUGAAGUAUGCGCCAAAAAGAAUGGGAUUCCAGUAAGUGUAUUUUCAAAUUAGUAAUUGAUCAUUGUGAAACACUAACUACUACUCGCAGCUAUCGACCACAACUCGCACACAUUUCGUAAAGCAGCAAUUACAGAUGAUGGUAAACCUAAAUACAACAAGUUUUACAACAAAAGAUCUCAGAAUUGGAGAAUAACAGCAGUUAAAGAGCCAAAACAUACCAUUUUUGGCCCACUUUAGCAAUACGAAUUUUAAAAAAAGGGCUGAUGAUGAAGACAGCAUUUUGCGGAAGGUAGAUGUCCCCAGAGAUCAUCCCAAGGAUAUUGCUCCUUCAAUUGCCCUCAAGCCUAUUCCUAAGACAAGUGAUCUGGUGCAACAAUCUCUUUCCCGGUUUAUCCCUCGUCCUCCUGAUCCAGAAGAACAAAUUGACGAUGACAAU